AUGCACUCAAACUUCAGCAACCCGAGACGAUCCGACCUCUCGUACUUCGUAAACGUCCCUGUUGUUUUCUGCAGUGUCCUUCCUACUUCCUUACCUCCUUGUCUUCCUUCCUCGUCUCCUCUGUCCUUGUUCCUCUCAGUACUAAACUUCUACCUGGACUCUCGCUGGGGGCUCCACGCCGACCGCCUGGUGGUGACCAAGGAGCAGCGCUGCGCCCGGAGCGUCCCGGGACUGUCGCUGCUGCAGGCGGCCGACCACGCCCUCACGUCCUGUCACCUGACCUCUGACCUCCUGGUGGGGGACGUGGCCAUCACACAGGGACGGCACUACUGGGCAUGCUCAGUGGAGCCCGGCUCUUACCUGGUCAAGGUGGGUGUGGGUCUGGAGUCCAAACUGCAGGAGUGGUUCCACCUUCCACAGGACAUGGCCAGUCCCCGCUACGACCCGGACAGCGGCCAUGACAGCGGCGCAGAGGACGGCGUGGACUCGGCUCCUCCCUUCUGCUUCCUCACGAUGGGGAUGGGGAAGAUCUACCUGCCCCAGCACAACUAUCACCACGGCAACAACAACCGCGACUCCAUCACCAACGGCAACGCCCCCACAGGCCCCGCGGGCGUCACGUACCCGCUGCCCCCGCGGCUGGGCGUGUGCCUGGACUUCGAGAAGGGGCGGGUGACCUUCUACGACGCCCACUCGCUCCGACCGCUGUGGGAGGGGCACGUGGACUGCUCCGGCCCCGUGUGCCCCGCCUUCUGCUUCAUUGGGGGCGGGGCUUUGCAGCUUCAGGAGCUGGUGGCCAAUCGGAACGCAGAUCAGACGCCCGUGAGGAGGGUGACCAUCCAACCGCGCGUGUCCAAUAUCAACAAUGUCAAUAAUAACAACUGA